GUGCUGUUACUUUUUUUUUCCCGCUCGCGAUUUAUCACCAGCUGAGGGUUGAUGAGAUUGAGUUUGAGCGUUUUGGUUCUGCUGAGUUGAAGCAUUGUUUUGAAGAAUGUUUGUAGCUAGAGCUUCGCUUUUUAUUUCCUAAUCGAGGUCGCCAACCUCGAUUACGAUUUGGCUGGCUUUUUAGGAGGAACUUUCCCCCGAACCCGCUGAACAGGACCCCGCAGAGUUACUUGAGUAGUGUCGUUAACGAACAAUAGAGAGCCUGCUCCUACGCUUAGAAAGCUGACACGAUAUGAAAACUUCCUGCAUAUUGCUGGACGACCAUCUCCGACUUGCUUCUUCAAGGUGAGAGCCUCGCUGUAGCCGUAUUGAAGACAAAUGUAGUCCCGAGAAAUAAGAAUGAAUACAACAAUGCAACGGAUUCAGUACUUCUCAUGAUGAGCCAGGGAUACUUGUUUGGUACCCUUCGCGCAACACAAUUUUCGAGCUCGAAAAAAUGUUGUGCUAGAGAGUUUGUCGCCGCCCUAGCGUGCAGCUGACAUAGUAUCAUGCAACUGAGCGUGGCGAACAAUUAUGCAGACCACGCAUCGGUUUAUGUAGCUGCUCUCGCGGCACGGACAACGAGCGAAAGCGAGCUACUAAUUCUGGUGAUAACAAAUUCGAUCUCUGGAGCUGCAUCUCGUCGUACAGCAAAUCGACAUCAUCAAAGAACAUUCGAGUCGCCAGCACGAAAAGACCUACUUACUUUGAUACUUCAUGAUGAUUCUGUGACCGUUUAUCGCCGCUUAAUUUUUGGCGGAGUUUUUAUCGCAAAGAAAAACUUCGGCGCUGAUGCAAGACAUUCAGGACGCUUGUCGCGGAGAGAAGUGGUAGCAUAUUACUUUUGA